AUGAGACACGAAAACCGCAUAGACCAGCUUACAGGCUUGCACCAUGUCGAAACCAACGGUGAUUUUUACGAAAAACAGUCUGCUACGUCUUCGCUCGCAAACAGUACAAUGGCGACCCAGCCGCUCUAUAUCCCAGUGCCCGUUACCAUUAAGGCGCAGCUUGGAAGCCCCACUGCAUUGGCCACUGGUGCUUUCUCGACCACGUUGACGACUCUCUCGUUCGCUCUCAUGGGAUGGCGUGGUGUCAGCGUGACCAAUGCGUUCAUCGGAGAUUUCUUCGGAGUCGCUGGUGUUGGCAUGUUCGUGUCAGCUAACUGGGAGCUUGUACUCGGCAAUACGUAUGCGUACACCGUCUUCGCUGCCUUCGGUCUUUUCUACGCCGGGUUUGGCUUCAUUGUCACCCCGUCUUUUGGCGUGGCCGACGCGUACGGUGGCCCUGAUAGCGCGCAGUACAAUAAUGCAGUUGGGUUCUUUGUGCUCAUGUGGGCAGUGUGGAAUUUGUUCUUCCUGGUAGGCUCCAUCCCUCUAAAUCUCGUGUACAUCGCCAUCUUCUUCACCGUGCAAAUGGCCUUCACGCUCGUUUCUGUCGGGUAUUUUCUCAAGGCCGACGGCUUGACCGAAACUUCAAUCGCUGUAAACAAAGUAGGAGGGGGAUUUGCGUUCGCGAGUGGGAUGUUGGGGUACUAUACGGUGGGAAAUUUGAUGUGUCAGGAGUCGAUACGCUUUACCUUCCCUAUGGGCGAUACUAGCCGGCCCUUCAAGAGAGUAGAUAAGAGUGCACAAGCUGUAUGA